AUGUUUGCGUAUCGGAAUGCUCUCGCUCUUGGGCCAAUACUUUUGGCACAGACAGUGUGGGGUUACCCCAAAGGCGUGAGCGGGGUUCAAUGGAGCGACGCCACUGCAUACGACGGAAACGAAGAUGGAUGCAUGCGUUACAAGUACGCCUGGUCGACCGUCGUCAACGACAGAUACAAAGACUGGACACCAAACCCAGAUCAAGGUUCCCUGUUCGAGUUCAGAGCCUGCUCUGGCGCCCAUCUGGGACAGAACAUCCACGACCAAAUGGACAAGUUGACACGACCGAAAAUGACCAUGCUCGAAGCCGGCGGGAACAAUGUCGAUUUCUACCCCAUGGCCGACAGCUGCCUCUUCCAUUCCGACAGGAAGAAAGACUAUGGCACGAAAUACGAAGAUGACCAUGCUGAUAACCCGACGGGAUUGUGUAGGAAAGAGAUCAAGCUAGUACGAGGAAGAGUUGGAGGAGGUCUUAAGCAGGCUGUCUUGGAUACUAUCGAGACCUGGAGGUACCAUCCAGCUGUCGGAGGAAACAAUGCGACACUCUUCAUGCUGGGAUAUGCGCGCUUCUUCGCGUUGGGCGACGCGUGCAAUGACUGGGACUUCGGCGUACAGUACCAAAGGCAAAACGAGACACAGACGGUCAAAAAGGAGAUGCGACAAGACUUCAAUGAUCUAGUCGACGCCGUGAACCUCGCCAUCCGCUCCUCGGUAGAACAAUACAACGACCCGAAAAUCCAAUACAUCGACAUCAACCCCGCUCUCGAAGGCCACCGCUUCUGCGAACCAGGCCACAGCUGGUGGUCGCAGUUCAACUACGGGUCCAAAGUGCACAUAUGGAACAACCCCGCCCGACUCGCCGUCACCAUUCACGACGGGGACCAAGCCGCCACGUACGAGUCCAGCGACGACCCCGGCGUCCCUGGCCCACCUGAGGAUAUCGUGCAGAAACUACGUGGGUAUCCCGAGGGCGAAGCCGUGCAGCAGGAUCAAUACACUAUCCUUACCUUCCGUGACCCCGCGAACCCUGGUCUAUGGAUGGAAUGGAAGGUUGAGCCGCAGCCUCUAGAUGGAGGGACCGAAGCCGCCGCAGCCGGAAACUACGGUGCCCGGGUUUAA